UUCAGCUCAGGAUGAUUGAUUGUCGAGAAUCACCUUUAGGUUUUAGUAUUUAGUCGGAGGAAUUAUAACUUUGAGGUUUAGUCUUCAGGGUUCAGUAGUCCAGUGAGGAGAGCAUUAUUUUGUCCGGAUUCCACAUUUCGUUCACUCCGUAUUGCAGGGUUUGUUUUCCACCAUCAAUUCAAAAUGUGUGGAAUUUGGGGAUAUAUUCUCAAACAUCGUGGCGUCCUGUCGGACGAAUUUAAGACGAAAUUGUAUGGAUCCUUCUUAAAAAUUAAACACCGAGGUCCCGACCGUUCGGACUUUAUCGAGUUUGACCUCUUGGUUCCCUUCUUCCUGGGUUUUCAUCGCCUCGCCAUCAUGGACAACACGUCGAACGGGGAUCAGCCCUUCGUCUGUGAGUGGCAAGGAAGAACAAUUUACACUUUGUGUAACGGGGAAUUGUACAAUUAUCAAAGUUUGGUGUCCAAGUACAAUCUGGAGAUGAACUCACAAUGCGAUUGCGAAGUGAUUCCUCACAUUUAUAAAACCUUUGGGAUCGAAACUUUAAUCAACGAAGUGAAAGGGGGAGAAUUUGCCUUCAUAAUUUUGGACAUUGACAAGGAAGCCAAAACUCUGACUCUCCACGUUGGUCACGAUCCUACCGGGGUCCGACCUCUGUAUUACGCCGAGGACUCGGAAGGCAUCGCAUUUGCGUCCGAAUUGGGAGGUUUGGUUGGAAUAGUGGAACAGACAAAGAUCAACAUGUUUCCCCCGGGGAGCUACAUGACUGUCAAGCUGGGAAUGGAUGGGAAAGUUACGGAGCAGAUUAAGCAGUACUACAGCUUCGAUGCGAUACCCGCUUUCAAGGAGCCGCUGGGUGUGGACAUCUUUUCGGACAAUUAUCUCGACGUGGUUUGUCGAAAGAUAAAAACGACAUUUGAAACGUGCGUAAUAAACAUGCUGCAUGCAGAUCGCCCUUUGGGAGCACUGUUAUCAGGAGGGCUCGAUUCUAGCCUCGUUGUCGGUGUGGCGUCAAAAUACCUCCGGGAUCAUUGUGGUGGAAGAAAGCUUCGUACGUUCUCAAUUGGGAUGCCAGGAGGGACUGAUGGUCCUUAUGCAAAAAGGGUUGCCGAAUAUUGCGGCACGGAUCACACUCAUUUCGAAUUGACGACGGAAGACUUUUUGGAAGCUAUUCGAGACGUGAUUGCAACAAUUGGAACAUUUGAUAUUACAACUGUUCGGGCGUCAGUAGGUCAAUAUUUGGUGUCAAAGAAGAUCUCGCAGGAAACAGAUAUCAAAGUCUUGCUUAUUGGGGAUGGGAGCGAUGAGUUGUGCUCGGGAUACAUGUACUUUCAUAAGGCCCCCAAUGCUGAAGCUUCGCAUCUCGAGAAUUGCAGAUUACUCAAGGAAAUUGGACUAUUUGACGUUUGCAGAGCAGAUCGUGGUAUCGCACGCCAUGGACUUGAAGCACGCUGUCCAUUCCUUACAUUCGAUUUUAUCGACUUGUAUUUAAAGUUGGACUGUCGCCUCCGAACUCCCGUUGAGGGCGUUGAAAAAUGGCUGCUUAGAAAAUCAUUUGAAGGAGCCAACAUUCUUCCGGAAGAAGUUCGGGUUCGAGCCAAGUGUGCGUUUUCUGACGGGGUGUCGAAAAAGGAAAAGUCGUGGUUUCAAAUCAUCGGUGACCAAAUGGCUGAUGGAGUGUACACGCAGGAGGAACUCAUAACUGCGACAAGGACGUACAGCCACGUUCCACCAGUUUCUUUUGAAUCUCUGUACUACAGAAAAACCUUUGAAGAAUUUUUUGGUAACACGGCUCAUAUAAUUCCUCAUUACUGGCUUCCACUUUGGUGUGGGGAAACUAACGAACCAAGCGCCAGAGUUUUGGAUGUUUGUCGUGAAGAGUAAAUUAAUUCUUGUUUGUGUGAAAUUGUGGAAAUAAAUAGCAGAACGGCUUGAAUUAAAGAGA